AACUGGAUCUUCUGGGUUUGUAACAGAUGGACCUGGAAAUUAUAAAUAUAAAACGAAGUGCACAUGGCUCAUUGAAGGACAGCCAAAUAGAAUAAUGAGACUUCGUUUCAAUCAUUUUGCUACAGAGUGUAGUUGGGACCAUUUAUAUGUUUAUGAUGGGGACUCAAUUUAUGCACCACUAAUUGCUGCCUUUAGUGGCCUCAUCGUGCCUGAGAGAGAUGGCAAUGAGACUGUCCCUGAGGUUGUUGCCACAUCAGGUUAUGCCCUACUGCAUUUUUUUAGUGAUGCUGCUUAUAAUUUGACUGGAUUUAAUAUCACUUACAAUUUUGACAUGUGCCCGAAUAAUUGCUCAGGCCGAGGAGAAUGUAAGAUCAGUAACAGCAGCAAUGCUGUUGAGUGUGAGUGUUCUGAGAACUGGAAAGGUGAAGCCUGUGACAUUCCUCACUGUACACAUAACUGUGGCUUCCCUCAUCGAGGCAUCUGCAAUUCAAGUGACGUCAGAGGAUGCUCUUGCUUCUCGGAGUGGCAGGGCCCUGGAUGUUCAAUUCCUGUACCAGCUAACCAGUCAUUUUGGACUCGAGAAGAAUAUUCUAACUUAAAGCUCCCCAGGGCAUCCCAUAAAGCUGUGGUCAAUGGCAAUAUAAUGUGGAUUGUUGGAGGAUAUAUGUUCAACCACUCAGAUUACAGCAUGGUCCUAGCGUAUGACCUCGCUUCUAGGGAGUGGCUUUCACUAAACCAUUCUGUGAACAAUGUGGUUGUUAGAUAUGGUCAUUCUUUGGCAUUGUACAAGGAUAAAAUAUACAUGUAUGGAGGAAAAAUUGAUUCAACAGGGAAUGUGACCAAUGAGUUGAGAGUGUUCCAUAUCCAUAAUGAAUCGUGGGUAUUAUUGACACCCAAGGCAAAGGAGCAGUAUGCAGUGGUCGGACACUCGGCACACAUUGUGACGCUGGCAUCUGGCCGAGUGGUCAUGCUGGUCAUCUUUGGUCACUGUCCUCUCUAUGGGUAUAUCAGCAAUGUGCAGGAAUAUGACUUGGAUAAGAACACAUGGAGUAUAUUACACACCCAGGGAGCCCUUGUGCAAGGGGGCUAUGGCCACAGCAGUGUCUAUGACCACAAGACCAGGGCUCUUUAUGUUCAUGGUGGCUACAAGGCUUUCAGUGCCAAUAAAUAUCGGCUUGCAGAUGAUCUUUACAGAUAUGAUGUGGACACCCAGAUGUGGACCAUUCUUAAGGACAGCCGAUUUUUCCGUUACUUGCACACAGCUGUGAUAGUGAGUGGAAACAUGCUGGUGUUCGGAGGAAACACGCACAACGACACCUCCAUGAGCCAUGGCGCCAAGUGCUUCUCCUCAGAUUUCAUGGCUUAUGACAUCGCUUGUGACCGCUGGUCGGUGCUUCCCAGACCUGAUCUCCACCAUGACGUCAACAGAUUUGGCCAUUCAGCAGUUUUAUACAACAGCACCAUGUAUGUAUUUGGUGGUUUCAACAGUCUCCUCCUCAGUGAUGUCCUCGUAUUCACCUCAGAGCAGUGCGAAGCGCACCGGAGCGAAGCUGCUUGUUCAGCAGCGGGACCUGGUGUCCGGUGUGUGUGGGACACGGGAUUGUCUCAGUGCAUCCCCUGGGAGUCAGCAACUGACGAGCAAGAAGAAAAGUUAAAAUCAGAAUGUUUCUCCAAAAGAACCCUUGACCAUGACAGAUGUGACCAGCACACGGAUUGUUACAGCUGCACAGCCAACACCAAUGACUGCCACUGGUGCAAUGACCAUUGUGUUCCUAUGAACCACAGCUGCACGGAGGGCCAGAUCUCCAUUUCCAGGUAUGAGAAUUGCCCCAAAGAUAACCCCAUGUACUAUUGUAACAAGAAGACCAGCUGCAGGAGCUGUGCCCUGGACCAGAACUGCCAGUGGGAGCCACGGAAUCAGGAGUGCAUUGCUCUGCCUGAAAAUAUCUGUGGCACUGGCUGGCAUUUGGUUGGAAACUCAUGUUUGAAAAUUACUACUGCCAAGGAGAAUUAUGACAAUGCUAAAUUAUCCUGUAGGAACCACAAUGCCUUUUUGGCUUCUCUUACAACGCAAAAAAAGGUAGAAUUUGUCCUUAAGCAACUGCGAAUAAUGCAGUCAUCACAGAGCAUGCCCAAGCUCACCUUAACCCCAUGGGUUGGCCUUCGGAAGAUCAAUGUAUCCUACUGGUGCUGGGAAGAUAUGUCCCCGUUUACAAAUAGUUUACUACAGUGGAUGCCCUCGGAGCCCAGUGAUGCUGGAUUCUGUGGAAUCUUGUCAGAACCCAGUAUUCGGGGACUGAAGGCUGCAACCUGCAUCAACCCACUCAAUGGUAGCGUCUGUGAAAGGCCUGCAAACCACAGCGCCAAGCAAUGCCGGAUGCCAUGUGCCUUGAGGACAGCGUGUGGGGAGUGCACAAGUGGCAGCUCCGAGUGCAUGUGGUGCAGCAAUAUGAAGCAGUGUGUGGACUCCAAUGCCUACGUGGCCUCCUUCCCUUUUGGACAAUGUAUGGAGUGGUAUACAAUGAGCAGCUGCCCCCCUGAAAAUUGUUCAGGCUGCUGUACCUGUAGUCACUGCUUAGAGCAACCAGGCUGUGGUUGGUGUACUGAUCCCAGCAAUACUGGCAAAGGGAAGUGCAUCGAAGGCUCCUAUAAAGGACCGGUGAAGAUGCCUUCACAGCCCCCCACAGGAAAUUCCUAUCCGCAGCCCCUUCUCAAUUCCAGUAUGUGUCUAGAAGACAGCAGAUACAACUGGUCUUUCAUACAAUGUCCAGCUUGCCAGUGCAAUGGCCACAGUAAAUGCAUCAAUCAGAGUAUCUGUGAGAAGUGUGAGAACCUGACCACAGGCAAGCACUGUGAGACCUGCAUAUCUGGCUUCUAUGGCGAUCCCACCAAUGGAGGGAAAUGUCAGCCAUGCAAGUGCAAUGGGCACGCAUCACUGUGCAACACCAACACUGGCAAGUGCUUCUGCACCACCAAGGGCGUCAAGGGGGAAGAGUGCCAACUAUGUGAGGUAGAAAAUCGAUAUCAGGGAAACCCUCUCAAAGGAACAUGUUAUUAUACUCUUCUUAUCGACUAUCAGUUCACUUUUAGCCUCUCCCAGGAAGAUGAUCGCUAUUACACAGCCAUCAAUUUUGUGGCUACUCCUGAUGAACAAAACAGGGAUUUGGACAUGUUCAUCAAUGCCUCCAAAAACUUCAACCUCAACAUCACCUGGGCUGCCAGCUUCUCAGCCGGAACCCAGGCUGGGGAAGAGAUGCCUGUUGUUUCGAAAACCAACAUCAAAGAAUACAAAGAUAGCUUCUCUAAUGAGAAAUUCGAUUUUCGCAACCACCCAAAUAUCACUUUCUUCGUUUAUGUCAGUAAUUUCACCUGGCCCAUCAAAAUUCAGAUUGCCUUCUCCCAGCACAGCAAUUUUAUGGACCUGGUACAGUUCUUCGUGACUUUCUUCAGUUGUUUCCUCUCUUUGCUCCUGGUGGCUGCUGUGGUUUGGAAGAUCAAACAAAGUUGUUGGGCUUCCAGGCGUAGAGAGCAACUUCUUCGAGAGAUGCAACAGAUGGCCAGCCGUCCCUUUGCUUCAGUAAAUGUUGCCUUGGAAACAGAUGAAGAGCCUCCCGAUCUUAUUGGAGGGAGUAUAAAGACUGUUCCCAAGCCCAUUGCACUGGAACCAUGCUUUGGCAACAAAGCCGCUGUCCUCUCUGUGUUUGUGAGGCUCCCUCGAGGCCUGGGUGGAAUCCCUCCCCCAGGACAGUCGGGUCUUGCCGUGGCCAGCGCCCUGGUGGACAUUUCUCAGCAGAUGCCAAUAGUGUACAAAGAGAAGUCGGGAGCCGUGAGGAACCGGAAGCAGCAGCCCCCUGCACAGCCUGGAACCUGCAUUUGAUGCUGGGCCAGGGACUCUCCCGCUCGCCAGCGAAUGUGGGGCACGCCAGAGCCGCCUGCAGGGGGCGCAGGCAGGGACCGGCCGUGUGGUGCCAGGCAGAAGACUGGAAACCCGCGAAGCAUCCGACUCAUCUGCAUGAUCACAAGCUGUCUUUGACGGUUUCUCCCAUCCGUGUUCCAGCAUCUAACCUUUUACUUUUGCAUAGGAAAUAAUGGAUUUAAUCACAGGUCCAGGGAUGAUCCGAUCGUUGCUGGAGGAGGCCGGUGUAGAGCCAGUGAGAGCUAGGAAUGACACUCAGGUUCACUUGCGAAAACUGUCCUUGGGACUGUCUCAACUGUGCAGAAGCAAGAGAUGGAGUGUUUACACGUACAUAUUCAUCAUCAGCUGUUCUUGAACAUGGUCUUUUAAACUAGUCAGAUGAACUAACUUGUUUCAUCUGAAGCCUGCUAUCUUUUUUAAAAGAUGUGCUAUUUAUUCUUGCACGAUUUAGGCAGAUACCUCUCUUCCAGGGAGUAGCUUUUUUCUAGUUGAGAAUUAAUAACGGUCCAUCUCUUUUGAAUCAUGUCAAACUAGGAUAGAAGGGGGCUGUUUUAAAUGUCAAGGUCAGCAGUGUUACUUAGAAUGUAAUCUGGUGUAUUAGGUAGUUUUCUAGAGAGACUUGAUUAAUUUAUUCUUAAUCCAUUUGAAAUUCUUUCUCCCUACCCCCUUCUCUCUUUCUCUCCCUCCCUCCCUCUCUCUCUCUCUCUCUCUCUCACACACACACACACACACACACACUAAGUGCCUAGACUUUAAAUAGAUCUAGCAAUUGGGAAGUUAGUAAGCCUAAUUUUUACAUAAUUGCAUUCCUACAUUCUUGUAAAAUUUAAAUAGCUACCAUUGGCAAUCUGCUCUUUUUCUAAAAUCUGAUUUGCAACCAGGAAAGAAUUUUCUCACCCCAAGGAAUGAUCGACCUUGCAGCAGGGACUGGGAGGAAAGCAGAAAUGAACUGUGAAUGCUCCUGUUUUUAUUGUUGUCAAAAAGAACAUUGUCAAUGAGUUGGGGGUCCUGUGCAGCCUACCCUCUGCCCCUGCCCCAUCACUCUAGGCCUGAUGUUUGAUCAGCCCUCAGACUUCCUUUUGUCAGGACGCCACUGAAGAAGGGACUCACUCAUGUCAUGUGUCUCCCUGGAGCAGAAAAGAGCACCGAGUGCACUUGGGACCCCUAGAUAAAAGGUCAACUCUGUCCCUGUAGCCCACUUUGAACUGCAGGUCAUUCUCAGGCUGGGGUGGACUCGGAUGCCAGGAGUGUGGCAGCCUCCCCUGAUCAAGCAGAACCUGCCCACGGCCUGGAGGAGGAAUGGGAGCUGUUUGCCCUCGUUCCCCUGUGAGCGUCUUGGCCCAUCAUCCUCCUCCCCAGACCGACAUAGUGGCUGUGAGGAGGCUAGAGAAUGUUGGUAAGGAUGAAAAGCACAUGGAAGAAAUGGACAAGGAGAGAGAACUCUAUGCCAAAUGGAAAAUGACCAAAUUUAAGAGGAGGGAACAGUCCCCUGCUCUUCUCCCCAGAGGGUACUGCUUGGGUGUGUGUUUCUCAUUUAUGGUGCUCUGUAUUCUGGCAUUAUGCAGCAGCCUCCACGUCAAACCCUGCGAUUCUCCAGCAUUACCCUAUUGGGAUGGACCUCUGGACUGCAGUGCUCAAGUUUGUGAAUUUGGAGACAUUAACACUCAGAAGAGCAAAAACUGUGGCAUUUCACCUGUAAAUGCAGUGCCUAGAGAGGGAGUAUUAUCUCUGCUCCAGUACAACCCCCCACUUCUGGGAAGAGCUGCCUGGAAAGAUGUUUUCAAGGAAGUCGAACCAUAAAACACUAAUGCACAAAACACCUCUACUCUGAGACUCACCUCUCAAAAGGCUUCUUUGUCACAUCAUCGUUAAAGAACACAUGGUUCUAGGGAAAAAACUCUCCUCUUCUGAGCUCUUCACAUCCCUGCUCCAGAACACAGCACCCACAGAGCCUGGCCUUCUGCCACUGCAAUUAUCACGAGGCCUCUUGGCGAAGAAUGAGGGCAUUCUUCAACGGCAGUUGGGCAUUGUCCUGUAAGGAAGAGCCUCCUUAUUUAUUCAAAGGACCAGUUUUUCCUUGGCCAAAGAAUUCUCUUCCCCAUGUUAGUUCCAUGCCUUGAAAUAACAUGCAUGUGACCACACAGCCACCUGGUUAUGUCUUUUUUUCUUUUUUCUUUUUUCUUUUUUUUUUUUUCCCUAAAAAGAUAGUUCCGUUUUCAAAGGGAAGGAAGGAGCAAGUAAAGUCUAAUUUGUGCUCCAACGAUGGAGAAACAGCAGGAUCGACCUGCUUCUCCUUUGCAGCCAACAGCAAACAGCUUCCUCCGGGCUCAGGGCAGAGAGAGGGGAGUGGCAGGGACUAGGAGGAGCUCUGCUAGAGCUGGAUACCCAGAGAGAAUGGGUGGUCAUCUGGUACCUUUGUCUGUCACAGGAAAGCCUGUGUAUAAAGUAAAACCGUCACAACAACAUUAACCUUGCACUUGUACAUAACUAUACAGUCAUGUCCAGAAUGUCCAGGCAUUCGGAGUGUACAUAAAACAGAAAAAUAUCUUAAUGUAUUUUUAUUAAAUGUAACAAUGUCUGAGUUUCACCUAAUUUGUUUUUGUGCCAUAUCCAAGCUCCAAGAAGUCCACUCAUCAAGCCCUGAUAUGUUAAUAACAAAGCCAAGAAAUGCAUCUGGUACGAAUGAGCUAAUUCUUGACCUAGGGCUCAUCUCUCAGCAUACACAUGAGAAGCCAGGCAGGGGAUCUGUCCAGAGAGCGUAUGGGAGGAGACUCAAAGAAGCGAGUUUGCUUUGCAGGCCUAUGGUGAAUCUGGCAGCCUCUGGGCACUUUGGGGAGCAAGGGAUGACCGGUCUCCUCCUGAGACAUGCUUCCUUUAGUCUUUAGGUUCAAAGACUGUAACCUUCGAAAUCAGACUUUUCCAAUAAGGGGUUCUCCCGGCUGCAUUUUUAAUGGUUUUGACUAAAUUUCUAAUGAUCAUUUCCCAGAACCAUGUCCUAUUAUACCGAAGACCAGGGGUGGGAGUGGGAAGGCUGGUCUGCUAAUCAAUCGCUCCUGUUUCCCCCACGGAGAAUUCCACACACCCUGGACUCGCCACUCUCCUCCACCUGUCUCCUCCCUGCACACAGUUCAGGAAGAAACCUGUGUGUCACUAUGAGGUUUGCCUGGAAAGGUGCGAGGUGUGGCAAGGAGGUAACCCAUUGCUCUGAGCCAGCCGAGAGGAAAGGCAGCCCUGGGCAGAAGACUAACCGCAAAAGAAAAAUACUUGACUAUUUGUUGGUGAGGCCUGAGGUGCACAAUUAGAAGUGCACUGAGAAAUGUGGGACAAAUGAAAGACCAGUGCUCUACCAGUAGGAAAGACACCCUUGCAGUGCAAAUCUUGCUCUUUCGACCUAAUGGAGUGUACUGGGGGCGGGGCAAGCACCAUCACAAACACCUUUGAUCCUCCAUUUCAUUCAUUCAUCCAUUCUCUCAAUGAGUAUUUACUAAACACUUAAGCUAAGCUAAACACAGCUAAUGCUAGGGCAGUGACCGAGAUAAAAAGUAGCUCUUUAUAGAAUUACAACGAAAAACCAACUCCUCACACCCCUGUCACCCCAGGAGUUGGGCCUGGAGGUGGUUUCUGCGAGGACUGGCCAUCCUGAGGACAGGAGCAAGAAGAUAGAGGCUUCCUGACCUCAGGGCAUGUCCUGGCUCUUUCUGAAAUGUUUACCCCAUUGACCAAGUUCGCUUCACCAUGGUGGUUUCUGUGUAGCCAGGCCCACCCAGAGAUGGCACAGCCAUUGCUCAGACUUGGGAACACCGCCUGCAGGGGGGUGCUCUGGAGCCGAAAAGGAACACUGGCGCCUUCUCUUCAAAGGCAAUAAUGGAAUCGACUUUCAGUAACUAAAUUUGUGCACAAAACAUCCUAAACACUAGUGAAGCCUGUUUUGUUCAACUAAUUCUGGCUCUGGAAAUUUUUUUUGUUUGUUUGUUUUAUAGUUAUUUACGGUUUUUUGUUUCAUUUCGUUUUUGGUUUGGAUUCAAGCUUAGUUUGUUAAUAUGUAUAAUUUAGCAUCUGUUGCACUCAUGUAAAUAUGGAGUAAGUAUUGUAAACUAUUUCAUUGCUGGGGUCGUGGGUGUUAUACAUACAUUUAGGACUGCAAUUUUUUGGUAUUUUUUGUAUUGUAAAAUAACAGCUAAUUUAAGCAGGAACAAGAGAAUUAAGGGAAGUCUGUGCAUUUUAAACACAAAUGUGAAGAACUUGUAUAUAAACAAAAGUAAAUACUAUAAUACUUCUGAAAUAAAAGUAGAUCUGGUAAAAA